CUAUUAUUAAAAAUAAACUAACUGAUAUUCUGUAGUAUCAAUCGAUAUUUAAUUACUACACUUAACCAAUCCGUUUAAUAAUACCUAAUCGCUAACGGACACUUGUUAGCGAACACUUGUUUUCGAUCUUAUCUGAGUGUAGCGACAUUCGUAUCACAAAUUACUAAUCUCCAUUUUAUAAACAGACCGUAGACAGCACAGCUGUGAAAUGACGAUCGUUAUCUGUGCAAUUACUUUUUUAAUUCUUUUUUUAAUAUACGGCUUCAAGUACAAGGAUCCUAAACCGAUUUUUGGUGUUUACUCUGUGCCUGGAAAGUGGUAUUAUUUGAAAUAUGCAGUUUUCGCCGCCAUUUAUUAUUAUAGGAAGUAUUCAAAGAGAGCAGCCGGCCCCGAUGGCAGCGCUGGUCAAGGAGUGAAAGCCAUAGCGGAUCCUGUGGACAUGGAUCGGGCGCAGACACUUAGUGACCAUGCCAAGGCCUUCGACGCGGUGUUCUUCAUCUCGGCCACGGAGAAUGACGGGAAAGGUGUCUACGUUAUAUCUGGUUGCGAACGUCGACCAAUGGGCAUGUGCAAUGGACUAUUCUACAUUGGGUUACCAGGCAAAGGUCUAUUGUGCAGUAAAAAAAUACCGGACACCGUACUAUUUGGCGCUCAAAUAGGAGAAUUUGGCGCCGAGGGAAUAAAAAUGGCGCCCGUCGAACCUAUGAAGAAAUGGACUGUUUCAUACAAAGGACAAAUGUGGUAUCAAAAUGAGCCGAAUAAAAACGUGGACGUGGACUUCGAAGGAGAGUGGACCGCCAUCAGCAAACAUUUCGACUUCGAUACGGAUCUAUACCCGGCUACCGUCAUUAGGUCCAUAGCGAGGGAAAAGUGGAGUAGGGAUUAUUUUGAAAGACUGAAAACAGCUCAUCAGUCUCACUAUGAACAGUUUGGUGUCUUGAAGUGUAAAUUUAAAAUAGAUACAGAAAUAUUUGAAUACACGUUGCCUUCUUUCCGGGACCACAGUUUUGGGCAAAAACGUGACUGGAGUCUAAUGCAUCGUUACGCAUUUCAUCACAUCUUCCUCAAGAACGGCAUCAGUGUCAGCGUUGGUGUCAUCAGUCAACCUUCGACAGCUUCGUUUUUCGAAGCUGGUGAAGUAGCGUUACCCAAUGGAAAAGUUCUGCCUAUCAAAUGGGUAGAUCUCAAACUGUACCAACACGGGGAGGGAGGACAGGCUCCUAGGGACUACGCCUUCAGAUUUCAAGCUGGUGAUGAAGUGUUUACAGUUCAGGUUCUCGUCGAGUACGAGUCAGUCCACUACGUUUCUGACGAUUGGGAAGCUCGGAUGGUGGAGAGGUUUUGCAAGUUUAUGGUGAACGGUAUACCUGGCAGGGGCGUCUCAGAGUUCCACUACAGGCAUAAAGAAGGCCGGCCGGAGACUGUCGCGAAAAACGAUCCGGAAUGGUUCCGGAAAAUGUCCCAUAGAAUAUAAUGCCAAUGCCUCCAUCGAAUGUUUUGAUAAAUGUUAUAUUUUUAAAUUUUUUUAUUUAAUUAUUAAACCUUUUCAUAAUUAA